AGUAUUACUAUUAGUAACCACCCCGGCCCCGGGGAGUAGACAUGUUGGACUUUUUUUCCGGCUAUUAUGAAUAGAAUUUGAAUUAUAGAAAGAGACUUUCUUCUACUCAAACUACAUUUUUAACCUUUUUGUACCACUGUUGAAGUUGGUGACUCCCGUUUCUCGCAUCCCCCGCAGGUCAGAGUUCCAGUAUUGAACGGGGCAUCGGAUAGUCAGCUCUUUGCAAUGGCGAGGCUUUCCCUCACUCGUAAACCUACGGCUACUACAUGGCUGGUCUAACAUCGCUUCUCUUUUUGUUAUUUUGGGUUAUUCGUAUUGUUGAAGUGUGCUCCAUUCUCCGCAUCACGAUUUUCCGUGAGUUAUCUGAGUCAAUGUUGUAGCUUGAAUCUUCACUAUCAUAUGACUUUGCUAUAAUUCAAAAUGCACAUCUUCCACAUAUUAUAUUCUUCUCUCGUCGAUUCCCGUCCCCGUGACUUUGAAAAAAAUAAAAAUCUCUUGCUCGAGGAGAUGACCAAUAAGUUUAGUUAUUUGAGAAUAAUGCGCUUGAUCUUGUCCUCGACAUUGGUCUAACACGGCUUUUUCACCUUCUCUGAAUCAUUGAUUCGAUUAUACAUUUUUCAAGAUUCAUCAGAACCAGAAGCUAAAGAUCGCUAAAAUGAGGAUUAUGCACAGAAGAUUCAUGCCUAGAUCGAUAUAACCGCUCACUCCUCCUGUGGUUGUGCCUGUGCGGUCUGCUAUUUCAUGGUAGCACGCGGAAACAAGUACAAACCCCAGCCGGAAUCGCCCAAUAAGUCUGUGAUAGACAAGAUUCCUUCAUUCCCUAUCUACACUGUCUGGAGGCAAUCAACAAGAAGAAGAAGAAGAAGAAGCAGUCGUUGUUUUUUUAUCGAAACAGAGGUGCCGACUUCAUUUUUUUCGGCGCCGAGACAUCACCUUUACUAGUCGAAGUUUCUUGAGCGGGAACCUUCACUAGCGGUAAAGGGAAGCAGCAUCAGCAAAAUGGCGAUGGCAACACUUGCAGUACCGAUACCCGCAAUUGAGCCGCAGUCUGGCGGAUCCACGAGCUCAUCGUGCACGCCUUCGGUAAUGUACUCUUGGCGCGUAGCGGCAUUGGACACAUGGAUCGCCAGGAAGGAAGCGGAACUCGGCAGGCCCAUCACGAUGAAGGACAUGAUGACUGCGGGACAUUUGGAUCAAUACCACUACCUUGGCCUAGACGCUAACGAUGACGUGAUCCAAAUCUUGCAAGUAGGCAAGGACUCCAGAAUACUCGAUAUAGGCUGUGGCAUCGGCGGACCAGGACGAUACAUAGCACACAAAACUGGAUGUAGCGUCUACGGUGUGGACAUCCAAGAACCGCUAAUCGAAGCGGCAAACCGAGUGUCCAAGAAAGUCGGGUUAGCAACACAAACAAAAUUCGACGCUGCUGAUUGUACCGCCGGAAAUUUUACUUUUCCCGCUGGAGAAACAUACGAUGGCUUCUUCUCGAUUUUGGUCCAUACUACCUAGUAGAGUUCUCCUCUUGAACUUGAUGUUGAGAUAGAAAAAUGAUUCCGUAUGAUAGUAUGACCUUCUACUUGUUCUUUGGCAUAUUACAAGUAGUUAUACUACUAGAGGAAUCGCUGCGUCGAUUGACUCAGCAUUUGCGUCUGUCCGUAAGUUGUAGUGCAUGAUCAAAUAUUCAAUCAAUGAGUUCGAUGGUGCGGUAGUGCUAAUGCUGCUCCACGACAAAGUUCAAAUUUCAUUCUUCACAACAUAUACAUAGGUUUUUCUCCACAUUCCUUUGGAGCCACGGUUGAUCGCAUAUCGCAAAAUUUUCGCUGCUCUCAACGAUAAUGCGUCCUUCGUCAUUGAAGACUACUUACAGAGGGAGUCGUUGUCAGAAGAGGAGCGAUACUGCCUGGAGAACGUUAUUGGGGCUGUUUGCACGCCUAGCGUCGACGAUUACCGAAAGCAUUUGGAAGAUAUCGGCUUCGUCGACAUUCACUUCGAAGAUUUGUCAGAUGUUUGGACUAAAUGGACAGUGCUUAGACGAGAUCGAUUUCUGGCCAACCGUGGUAAACAGGCGGAGCUUCACGGUGAAGAGCAUGUCGCGAAGAUGGAAACUUUCUAUCGGGCUCCACCCCAACUCUUCCAGAGCGGAAAAGUAGGCGGCUAUCGAAUCACGGGCAGGAAGGCGGGAAAUAGUACUCACUUGGACUUGCUGCACUUGGAGUUUGAAUUUGAUGUUGAAGUUUCUAUCCAUGCUUUAUUAUAACUUUCAUUCCAAUAAUCAAAGCUAACUGUUGAGUUCUCUGCUCAGAAAAGAUAGAACAAGAAACAUUGAUAUGUUGGCGCAGAUGUCAAAGUGUAAUUAUGAUUCAGUCUGCUUCAUCUAGUACUUUCUCGUUUGUUGUAGUGAUGAUUUCGACUUAUCUGAAAAUAACUGUAGUUACUAUUUCGAAGAUUACGAUUUGCAUUCCGCACUCGACAUCACAGCUACGCUAGCAGCAGGACGAAAGGCCAUGGAGGAAAAGAGAACAAAUGAGAUGACGAUGGAGGCGGUUGAACGGAUUCUCGACGCUCAAAAGACUGUAUCAGCGUAAACGACGAACUAGAUGGCGCCUUGCGGAUACUUGCAGGAGCGUGAUGUGAUACUAAACUAGUCAACUGUCUUCAACCCAUACAUUCUCAUUACAUCAGAUACCCUCACGUUCAUCGUCUUCCUUUUCGUCUACUUUCUCUUGCUCUUUCUUUUCACAGCCCUCAUGCCGACCGAUGCUGGCGUUUUGAAUGGUUUGCCCCUGGUAUUCCACGGAGAUAGACAUUGCCCGUGACGUUGUCAAAGAAACAACGACAAUAUGAAUAUCUACAUUCAUGGCGAAAUAUGCAUUAAUGAAUCGCAUAUACAACUUUUGAAUAUUUUUUCGCUAUCUACCUGUUUUUACUCUCUAUACUUCUUUCACCUUUAGUUGUUGCAUAUUUAUGUUUCUGUGUCACUGUCAUUGUCAAUCGCUUUCCGUUUCUUUGUUUAACCUUUCUUACGUCACCAUCACCUCGUACUUUUCCUGGCUUUCGCUGCCAGUCGAGUUCAAUAAAAAAUUUUGUCCCGUUUGAACAGCCUCCUCCUCCGACUUUCUCGAAGCUGAGAAGAAAUGGUGAGCUGCGAAGUCCGAACCCCGUUUGCUUCCCCAGUUUUUUGGGCGUCUAGCACCAAGCAUGAGGAGGGACAUGAUGAACAAAUUACGCAUACGCACAUAUCGUCCUUACAGAAUAGGCAGCGAUGCUGAAUCAAUUUGCUUUACUCGAUUUUUAUCGAAAUGAAGGCGAAGACUCAAUCCCUAUUGUUGAUAGUUCUUGCCUCCUGGUGCUGCCUAGUGGUAGAG